AUUAUGAUAUUACUUGCUAUUAUUAAAUUAUGGAUGUUGUUGAAAAAUCAAAUGCAAUUCCAAAUUAUAACAAAGUUUAAUGCUAGCUUUAAUAAAUAAAUAAAUUAAUUAAUUAAGGCAUAAUUAACUAAUUAGGUUGUGAGUAAAGAAUUAAUACAAUCGAAUUUAAUCUUAAAAUAAUUGACCGUUAGGUGAAAAGACAGACUUUUAUUUCUUCUCUUUGCUAAAAAGUAUUCUCCAUUUUCUCAGUCUGGUGGGACCCUUCUUGUGGCUGCCAAAACCUGCCUCUCUGUAACUGUGUGUGUGUUUUAGUGUGUGUACAUAUUGUCUGUCUCUAUAACUAGAAGCAGCCUGUGACUAAUGUGUGUCACUGUGUGUAGUGUGUGAAAAAAAUGGAGAAGAAUGAAAAAGAAAGCUUGAAAACAGUAGUGGAUGAAGAACCUGAGAAAAUCAACUAUAGGGGAAUCAAGGCUAUGCCAUUCAUCAUAGGAAAUGAGACAUUUGAGAAGCUAGGGGCAAUUGGGACAAUAUCAAAUCUGCAGGUGUAUCUAACCACAGUUUUCAACAUGAAGCGCAUUUCUGCGACAACGCUUCUAAAUGUGUUCAACGGCACGACCAAUAUCGCCACCCUCGUCGGCGCUUAUCUUUGCGACACGUACUUUGGCCGUUACAAGACAUUGGGAUUCGCCUCAAUUGCGUCCUUAUUUGGAUUGUUGGCAAUCGCAUUAACAGCAGUUUUCAAGAAUCUCCAUCCACCCCACUGCUCACCGGGCGACACAUGUGUGGGCCCGGAUGUAGGGCAAAUGGCCUUUCUCCUAUUCGGUUUCGCACUUCUGAUAAUCGGAGCGGGUGGGAUAAGGCCGUGUAAUUUAGCAUUUGGUGUCGAUCAGUUCAAUCCGAAAACGGAAUCUGGCAAGAGAGGCAUCGAUAGUUUCUUCAAUUGGUACUAUUUCACCGUCACAUUCGCUCAGAUAGUCUCGUUAACCCUAGUCGUUUACGUCCAAUCCAACGUUAGUUGGUCGAUCGGAUUGGGCCUUCCGGCAAUCUUUAUGUUCUUUUCAUGUUUGAUGUACUUCGUUGGCGCCUACAUGUAUGUGAAGGUGAAGCCGGAGGGCAGCCCCAUCACUAGUCUCAUCCAGGUGGCCGUGGCGGCCACCAAGAAGAGGCGGCUGAAGCUGCCGGAGCAGCCGUGGCUCAGCCUAUUUGAUUAUGCACCGCCCAAGUCUAUCAAUUCUAGACUACCCUACACUGAGCAAUUCAAAUUCUUGGACAAAGCAGCAAUAAUAACACCAGAAGACAAAAUAAACCCGGACGGAUCAUCCUCGAACCCAUGGAACCUCUGCUCCACGCAACAAAUCGAAGACGCGAAAUGCAUACUAAGAGUCAUCCCGGUUUCACUCACCGCCAUUUUCUACCACAUCGGAGCUCAACAACAAUACAUAGUCUUCCAAGCCCUCCAAUCGGACCGCCACCUAGGCAGCACCGGCUUCCAAAUCCCGGCCGCCUCGUACAUUGUCUUCGCCAUGCUCAGCCUCACAAUGUGGGUCCCGCUCUACGACCGAAUCGUAGUCCCUCUCCUCCGUAAAAUCACAAAGAGAGAAGGCGGCAUCACGAUCCGCCAGAGAAUGGGAAUCGGGAUAUUCCUCACGAUAGUGACAUCUCUGGUGGGGGCCGUCGUGGAGGAGCGGAGGAGGUCUCAGGUGGCGCCCGGCUCCUCCGUCUCCUCCAUGUCAGCCAUGUGGCUGGCCCCACAGCUGGCGCUGAGCGGGUUCGCGGAGGCGUUCAACGCGAUUGGGCAGAUCGAGUUCUACUACAAGCAGUUCCCGGAGAAUAUGAGGAGCGUGGGCGGGGCUUUUUACUUUUGCGGGAGUGCCGCAUCGAAUUACGUGUAUAGUUUCUUGAUAUCGGUGGUGCACCGGAUGAGCGAGGGUAACCGGAGCGGGAACUGGCUGCCGGAGGAUCUGAAUAAGGGGAGGUUGGAUUAUUUUUAUUACCUUGUGGCGGUUUUGUGUGCGUUGAAUUUUGGAUAUUUUCUUGUUUGUGCUAGUUGGUAUAGAUAUAAGGGUGAUGGUGAUAGCGGUGUUAGUGGUUUGGAAAUGGAGACCAAGAAACAUGAAAUUCAUUCUGUUUGAAUUUGAUAGAUUGAAAAUUUUCUGAAAUUUUAAAUGUAUUUGUGUGUGUUUCUUUUGUUGUCAAAGUAUGAUUCAGAAAUAGAAAAGGCCAAAGGGUGUUACUUUUAAUUUUG